AUGCGUUCACACUUGAGCGAUGUGAUUGGUGUGCCCGACUCAUCGAACGAGAAAGGCUGCUGUAUUUCUGGAUUUAGACGUUCGACACGAGUAAGAAAACCGAUGGAAUACGCAGGUCGUCAUCAUCAUCAUCAUCAUCAUCGUCGACAGCAUGAUAUCAGUGUUCAACACCAAUGCUUCACUGCCGUACAGUUGUACGUGGGUUGGGAUACUGCCAGGGCGCCCACACCUAGACAGGAGGACGAUCAGGGUCCUCAACCAAAGCCUUUGGCUCAAAAGCCUAACCGCAAGGCAGCGGUUUUGGCGGGAAAUGCAAAUGUAUUACCAUUUCUACGGAACAAGUCGCCACAUGUUCCAACCCCCAACCUGGAGGGCCAGGAGACUGUGUUCGUCAGACCUCUAACCAUUGACCAACCCGGUAUGAGAGACUCUGUGUGUCGCGGGACACUCUCCAGUAUAGCUCAAUGGAUCGCUGAGAUGCGCAAACCGUCACACCACGGUAAGGUCCAGUCUCUUCGUGACGGUACAGGUCGCAGGACGUUCAGCUGUAGCACUCCUUCGGUGCCUUGCUGUGAUUUCACCCGAAACAAGUACGAGGGCCGAUAUAAUGCCAGGUUUCCCGAACCUAGACACGAGCAGUGUAGAUGCACAUGUCAGGUUUGGAACACGGACAUCCUGGUCAGCGAAUCCCAACAAAUAUCGUUCAGCUGCAGCACCCUUUCGGUGCCUGGCUGCCAUGCUACACGAAGGAGGCACGAGAGCUGGGAUGCUGCCAGGUCGCCCAAACCUAAAGAAAGAGGAGAGGCAGAGGUCGGGUUCGAACCACGGACCUUCCGGUCAGUAAAUUCGCGCUCUAACCACUUGGUCCAUCUCGCCCCGGCGAAUCCCAACAGACGCUACCUGUUUCCUUCGAGCUACAAAGUGAACUUUCGUCGACAGUGUACCCCAGCUGAACGAUUCCCAUUUUUUUGA